AUGAGCGGUUAUUAUGGAUGGGUGUUCAUUAUUGGGUUGACAUUGUUACAAGUUGUUGUUGCAGAAGAUGAGAUGAGGCCCACCCGCCUCCACUACCCUUCUCGAGAACUUAUCGAAGAAAUCAGCAAAAGAUUCAUCGAAGAGGAAAAUUAUGAAAAAUCUGAGACCGAAAAUACGGUAGAUGGAGAGCAUGGAGAAGACUAUCAAGAAGCGUAUGAAGAAGAGGCAGAGGAAAAACCGCAGAGAGGAGCCUCUGUUCAAUUCUUCAAGGCUGAACCUGUCUACACUCCUGUGGUCAUCAAAAAGAAGCCAAAAGUGGAGCCGGAAAAGAAAAAACAACUCGUCACCCGGCAAACAAUUCCACGCCCAUUAUUGCAACGUCCUCCAGUUGUUCUGCAAUAUCAGCCGCGAGUUCAAGCAGUUCAACAAGUCCAGGCUGCACCGCAAGUACAGUACUAUCAACCCCAAUAUUACCAACCGCAGCCACAGCCACAACCUCAGUACCAGCCACAGUACCAGCAAUACUAUCAACAACCACCACCGGUACAGCCGGCUUAUUAUAGCUACCAAAACCAGCAAUCGCCGUACGGACUUCAGCCACAGCCACAACAGCAACAACAGCCGAUACAGUACGCCGGCUACAACACCUACUAUUACCAAGGA